CAAUCAAGCCCAUUAUGAAGUGUUAUUUAAACGCCAGGCGCAGCCCGCGAGACUCUUACUGGUCUUCUUUCCCUUCCAUUUUCUUUAGAAACAAACACCGUUCUUUCCAAAAAUAAACUACAUCCAACCGUUCGAAUAAUCGAAGCACCCCAGCCCCUCCUCUUAUUUUUCCCUCUCUAUAUUUUCUCGAAAUCCAUCUUUUCUUCCUUUUUUUUUUAAUUUUAUUUUUUGCCAAAUAUUCUCUCUCCUCUCUCUCUGUCUCUCUCUGUCUCUCUUUCAGUGUCUUGAACUCAGAUCUGUUGCGCAUUGUUUUAGUCUUAGGAAUUUCGUUUUUGUGAUGCAAUGAGUCGCUAUGAUUCUAACCCUUUCGUCGAGGAAGAGGUUAAUCCUUUCUCGGACCCAGCAGUUAGGAAAGGAUCAGGGCAAUCAAAUUAUAGUGGAGGUGACUUUUAUACUACGAAUCCUGGUAGUGUCCCUCCUGCAACAUCAAGGCUUUCACCCCUUCCUCCCGAACCAUAUGACCGUGGUGCAACAAUAGAUAUUCCUCUUGAUUCUGCCAAGGAUUUGAAAGCAAAGGAGAAGGAACUUCAAGCAAAAGAGGCUGAACUGAAAAGGCGAGAACAGGAAUUGAAAAGGAAGGAGGAUGCAAUAGCACGAGCUGGAAUAGUAAUAGAGGAGAAAAAUUGGCCACCAUAUUUUCCUAUUAUCCAUCAUGACAUUGCAAAUGAAAUACCAAUCCACCUACAAAAGAUGCAGUAUGUUGCUUUCACAACAUUGUUAGGUUUGGUUCUGUGUUUCUCAUGGAAUAUAGUAGCUGUUACCACUGCCUGGAUCAAGGGAGAAGGUCCAACAAUUUGGUUUCUCGCCAUCAUAUAUUUCAUAUCUGGGGUCCCUGGGGGCUAUGUUUUGUGGUAUCGCCCUCUUUAUCAUGCUAUGAGGACUGAUAGUGCGUUGAAGUUUGGGUGGUUUUUCUUGUUUUACUUGUUGCAUAUUGGCUUUUGCAUAUUUGCUGCAGUUGCUCCUCCAAUUAUAUUCAAGGGAAAAUCCCUUGCAGGUAUUUUGCCUGCAAUUGAUAUCUUCAGCGACCAUGCUUUGGUGGGGACAUUGUACUUUAUUGGUUUUGGAUUUUUUUGUGUUGAAUCAUUGCUCAGUGUCUGGGUUAUUCAGCAAGUUUACAUGUAUUUCCGAGGUAGUGGUAAAGCUGCUGAGAUGAAGCGUGAGGCUGCAACAAGAACCAUGAUGGCGGCACUAUGAUACGGAGUCUGGAAUAGAAGAUGGUGUUUGCAGGUGAACUUGCAUAUGUCCAAAAAGUUACCAUUACUUUGUCACUUGUCCUUCCCAUAACGUUGGUGGCUUUAUUCCCAAUUCAUUUCAUUGUUCUUUAAAUAUAUUUGUUGAAUGAAGAAUGUUGACAAAUCAGACAAAGUUGGACAUAAUGACGAUCAAAGUUUGUGGUUAGAAGGCAGUUUCUUUUGGCAGGCAAUCAUUUGUUUUGACCAUAAUUUCAAUGUUUUUAUACAUAGAAUGACUCGUAUGCUUAAUCUCUGCUUCCCGAGAUGAUGAAUGAAGAAACUCAAUAGCCUGUUGCUUUGCAUGCA